AAAAUGUGUGUGUAGAUGUGCCGAGUACAAGUACUGUUGGCUAUUGCGUUGUCGUCGUCGUCGUCGUCGUCGUCGCCACACUGCUUUUGGCUUUCGCAUUCACCGCGAUGUUUUUGUUUUGAUGCUCAUCAGCCAUCGCGUUCUGUUCUCGCUUCAACAACAAUGUUUGACUACAUUUCUCGUAUCGUACUCGUAUAUCGGCGCGUCUUGCUUUUCUAAAGGCCAUUGACGUGUAAUCGCCAAAAUUUCUAGUAUAUCCGAACAAUACCUACAGAAUACACGUACCCAGUAUUACCUAUUUGCACCGCACUUUACUUACUUACUUACUUACUUACUUACUCGUAUCAUCAUUCAACAUCGCCUUCCGCUGCUGCUGCUGCUGCCGCCGCCGCCGCUUCUGCUGCCUUGGCCGUUGUUGUCGUCCUCUCGACUCGCAUCUUACCUGCACUGGCUGAUGUAUUCUUUUUUCGAGUUUUAUUACGUGCUCGUGAUUGUGGCCAAUUUUAAGUAUGUGGAAUUCGGUGGUUUACGACGAAGAUAAGAACGGUCCGUGCAGUCGUUCGAAACACAGCGUUACCCUGUUAGGAAAUCAUCUAUACGUGUUGGCUGGCCGUAAUGGCAACGUGCCGCUCAAAGAUUUUUGGCGAUUUGACUUGGCGUCCAAUAAGUGGGAGCUGUUGAAACCGAGCGGCGAUUGCCCUCCUAGCUUGCAAGAGCACACUGCCGUUCCUUUUCGAGAUAACAUUUACGUAUUCGGUGGCGAAUUGGGCUUUUCAGCCGGAAACGAAACGCCGUUAUGGGUUUACGAAUCGAAAAAAAAUUGCUGGCGCAAGAUGAGAGGUCAAAAGGGAGCUAGCGUUCCGAAAGGUAGACGAGGUCAUACGACCUUGGUGCAUCGUGGCUCGGCCCUCAUCUACGGAGGGUAUUGCGAUUUACGCGGCUCGUCCAGCGAAUUUUGGAUUUUUCACUUUGACACCGAAUCGUGGCAUUUGUUGAUGAACGCGAAAUCCGGUCCCGCAGCCAGGCAUAAACAUUCGUCCGUGCUGCACGACGAUAACAUGUGGAUUUACGGCGGCAUGACCGAUCUGCAAGAAAGAUCUGAUCUUUGGCGCUUCGAUUUAAGUACGAAAACUUGGUUCGCCGUAAAGUGUAAAUUUAGCCCGGGUCCGUUACACAGUCACGCCGCUUGCAAAUUACCUAGUUCCAUGUUAGUGUUCGGCGGCGAAAGAAACGGACAAUUAAUCAACGAGUUGUGGCGAUUCCAUUUCGGUACGGAAACGUGGCAGCGAAUUCGUACAGAUGUAAUAUCACCGCAGCCGGUUUCCGAGUGUUGCGCCAUCACCGUAUCCGAAUUAUUGUUGCAAAAUGACGCUGGCAACGCGAAAAUCAACGCUCGUGAGAACUGUUCGUCGGUGGCACGUCGAGACUAUCAUUGUUCGAGUGAAAUGAACGGCGGCGGCGUUAGAGGCACCACCAAUGCCGGCAGCUGCGGCGGCGGCGGCGGCGGCGGUAACAGCAUGUACUCGUCGUAUUACCCGUGUUACGGUUCGCGCGCUGGCGGUGGCGGUGGCGGUGGCGGUGGCGGUGGCGGCGAAGGCAUCAUGAUACCGCCGCGACGACAAGCCACCACCCCCAACAGCUGUAAUUUGAGCUUUUUGAAAGAGAUCUCGAAAAUUUCGCAAAUGAAUCUGUCGCGUCUGACGCAAAACGCGCGUUGCAGCUACCACGCUUUGGGCAGCAACGAAAGCCUGCACAACGGGCACGUGCAAGGCGCUGGCGCUGGCGAAGCCGAAACCACCAACGACGAAUUCAAUCGGCUGGUGGCUCGCGCCAAAUUCGGCGGCAGCGGUCGCUGGUCGACCGGCGGCGGUGGCGGCGGCAGUUCGUCCGUGCUGCGCGACGUAUCUUCGCUGGUCAACACGCCGCUGACGCCGUCCGACGCCGCCAAACUCGUCUACCUGGAGGGCGAAGAGGCCCCGGUCCUGCCGACGGCCGUCGCCGUCGCCGACGAAUUCUCGGCCGUCCAUCAACGUCUGCAUCCGAGCCAGAAUCGAAACCGCCGCAGUUACCCGCUAACCAAUACCGUCCGUUUCGCCAAUCCGCUAGUCACGCCCGAACAGCCGUCCCCCGAUAUUACGUCCGACUACGCCAGCUGCGAAAACAUACACAAACUGCUCUCGUCCAAUACGCGUUUGAACGCCGCCUCGUCCGAUCGAAUCAAAACGCCGCCCAGCAAGGACUGUUCGGGUUCGGCGGUCAUUUCCUUCUCCAAUCCCAACUACUUUACCAAUACGCUUCCGAGCGCCGCUCUAGCCUGCACCGCUGCCGCCGCCACCACCAACCAGCAAUUGGGCUACGUCGAGGAAAAAAUCAGCAGAGGAGAUUACGUCAAAUUAAACAGCCCGGCAGACAGUUUACUAGAGGAUAGCAGCGUCUCCCUCGAUAAACAAUACGAAAUGACCGAAUUGCGACCGAAACCUCCGAAAUCGUUGCCGCUGAGAUGCGCCACCGGCGGCGGCGGCGGCGGCGGCGGCGCAUCCGUCGACGUGUCCAACGAUAGGCGAAAGAAAUAUCGCGCUUGCAGCGCCGGACGUCACGAACGUGAACGUCAAGCCGUCACUUCGUUGUGCGUUUUUCUAAUCGGCGGAAAAGACCAUUGUCAAAUAACCACCUUUAAACGACCUAUUUCUAUAUGGCGAUUAUCGCUGACCGAAGAUAUUUAUUAAAAGCCAGCAUUCUGCGCGCUUCGGUCGUAUCACUCGCAAACAGAAAACGAAAUAGCAUGCGAGAAUACUUACUUAUAGACACGAUCGAGCUCUUCCAUAAUGCCUAUACGUACCCACACCGACGACGAAGCGACCGUCACGACCUAAGACAAUACCACGUGAUUUUACGAGUUUUCCUCCCGCGUUUUCGCGUAAUUUUAUUCAAAUUCAACCGACGCGAUAUACGAGUAGGCCGCCUUGUAAUGUUCGUGUCUACGUUAGUACGUUCUACGACUCGCGAAUGCGACUGCGACUGCGAGUACGUACGUGUAUAAUCUAGUUUACUGCCAAAUUGUUGUUUUUUUCCUUUGUUUACGUAUUUUUAUUCUUUCUAUGUAUAUUUUGAUUUUAAUUUUGAUUUUGAUUUCGAUUUCGAUUUCGAUUUCGAUUUCGAUUUUCAUUACCUAGGACUUGGAGUAUCUAGUACAAUAUUAAGCGUGUGCCGUGUACCAUGUAUCUGUUUGUUUGUACGUACCUCCACCUAGGUACAAUGGUAUAUAGAUUAUGUACGCGUAAUUAUAAAUUUUGUAUCAACGUGCAACCACGAGUACGAUUACCGAUGUGUAAUGUAGGUACAGGUAGGGUAGUUAAGAUACUCGAUCUAGCUCUACUCGCGAUACCUUUGUAAUCGCAUCAAACAUCACCGUCAUCCAGUACCGUUGACCGUUGUUGUUGCGCAUAAUCGAGUGCAGAAAUAAACAUUUCCAUUUGUAA